AUUGUCUUUCUGUUCUUUCCUUGUUUCCCUCAAAAAACAAUGAAGAAGAUCAGUUUGAUACUACGUAAAUGCAAGAGUCUGUCGAGGCAACUAGGGAGAUCUUCAUCUUACAGUGGCCCAAGGUCCAAAUCUACCAGAGAAGAUUUAUGGGGUCAUCAUGAUCAUAAGCAAGAAGAUGAAAACCAUGCGACUAUAUUUGUUGGAAGCACAAGGAAGAGGUAUGUCAUCAGCUCCAAGUAUUUGAGCCAUCCUUUAGUGAAUGCUCUCAUCGAGAAGUCAAAGCAAAAGCCGGGAGAGGAUAGCAUUUUGGUGGUGAGAUGCGAGGUUGUCUUUUUUGACCACCUUUUAUGGAUGCUUGAAAAUGCAGAUCCAAGUGUUAAUUUUGGUUCUUUGGAAGAACUAGCUGAUCUCUACAUGUUCUAGAAUCAAUGGAGCUCGAUCUCUCCAAGCAUGCAUCAGUCAAGGACUUGGUAAAUCGAUCUUCAUGUAAGCAGGUGGUGCCAGCAUGAUCUUAUUAGUUCGAAGUGGGAUUAUAAUGCUCUGGAGUAAUAUUGCUCGUAAUGCUCUAAUUACCAUUCUUAAUUGUUGGAUUAGUGUAUGGUAAACACCAUGAUCUAAUGUUUAAUCAUGGUGAUUCUUUGUUGUUUUCAUUUCAUUAUUCUUGAUCCUUCGUAUAAAUAAAAACCCUCAAAGGUUGUUUUUUUC